UACCAGCGAUUCAGUGCUUGUGGCCGCCCACUUUUCCACUCCGCUUCCGGCUGUGAUCUCUCGUGUGUCCCGUGUCCUCCCUGAGCCUCGGUCCGCAGCCAUGGACAGCGCCGCCCCAGCCGCCGGCUUCCUGUACUGGGUGGGCGCGAGCACCAUAGCCUACCUGGCCCUGCGGCUCUCCUACAGCCUCUUCUCGGCCUUCCGGGUCUGGGGCAUGGGCCACGAGUCGGAGGUCGGGCCGGCACUCGGAGAGUGGGCAGUUGUUACAGGGAGUACUGAUGGAAUUGGAAAAUCAUAUGCAGAAGAGUUAGCCAAGCGUGGAAUGAAGAUUGUCCUCAUCAGCAGAUCCCAGGAAAAACUGAAGGAUGUGGCUAAUGAAAUAAGAGAAAAAUUCAAAGUGGAAACCAAGACGAUUGCUGUUGACUUUGGAUCAAUUGAUAUCUACAAGAAGAUCCAGACAGAGCUGGCAGGCCUCCAGAUUGGUGUUUUAGUGAACAAUGUGGGAAUGUCAUAUGAGUAUCCCGAAUACUUUUUGGAUAUUCCAGACCUGGAUAAUACUAUCAAUAAAUUGAUAAACAUUAACGUCUUCUCUGUUUGUAAGAUGACACAGUUGGUACUGCCCGGCAUGCUGGAAAGAUCUAAAGGUGCAAUUCUGAACAUCUCAUCUGCCAGUGGCAUGUACCCAGUUCCACUGCUGUCUGUUUACUCAGCAACCAAGGCUUUUGUAGAUUUCUUCUCCCAAUGCCUCCAUGCGGAAUACAGGAGCAAGGGCAUCUUUGUGCAGAGUGUCCUGCCAUUCUUUGUGGCCACGAAACUGGCCAAAAUCCGGAAGCCAACCUUGGAUAAGCCAUCAUCAGACACAUUUGUGAAGUCUGCAAUUAAGACAGUUGGUAUGCAGUCCCGCACCAAUGGCUAUCCGGUCCACACCCUUAUGGGCUGGAUCUUCCUCCUAAUGCCUUCAUGGCUUUCCAUGAAAAUUUCAAUGUCUGUAAAUAAGGGAUUGCGAGCUCGCUACCUGAAGAAGACCAAGAAAGCUUAAGCUGGUGUGAGCCAUCGAGGAUUUCCAGCAGAUGGUCCAAUGUAUCUACGUGCUCUGAGAAACACCAACCUUUUAAAAAUCUCCAGUUUCCACUUUUUAAUUUAGUAAUAGGACUAAAUGCUUUUGGUUUGAGGAGAACUUCUUUCCUUAGACUGUUUACUCCAAGCCAAUUGGACCAAGUUGGAAAGUUCAAAGAAGAGCUUAUCUCAGUUAGUGGGGAAUCCUUACCUAGCAAACAAAACAGAGUCAGGCUAAUGGGGGGGGGAGGGAGGGAGGGUGUGGGGAGCAGGCGGAUUGCUAGAUCACUGCUUACUAACUCUCAGUACUAGACAACUGGCAAGGGACCUCAAAAGCUUCAUCAGGGCCCAAAAACCUGACCAUCACCUGGUUUUGUAAUCCUCAAAAUUACUCGGCAUUAUUUGUAUUAUCUGAGUGGUACUUGCUAAGUGCCACCCUGGCUACUAUCUCACUCUUAACCGUUCUAAGGGAUGAGAGGAGGUCAAUUGGUGAAGGGAGAGGAAGGGAGGCUUCCUGCAGUUUGUGUGGACUUUUUAAAGCUAUGUAAGGUCUACAUCUAUGUAAGCUCCUCAAAGGCAGGGACUUGCCCUUUGUUUGUCUUUGUAUCCCAAGUGCCAGUGCUGUGCCUUGCCUGGCCCACAGCAGGUACUGAAUAAAAUUAUGCUUGUGGCAAUGCCUGUGUGUCCACUGAGGUUUGUUUGCCAGUGGUCUUUGUUUCAUAAACACAGCGCUCACCAAAAUAGCCUUGUCUGUGACUAAUGCUUAUUCCUUUUUACCGCACGACUUAAAUGAACAUCAACACAAAAAGCUCUGACAGGGUUCUGGUUCAUGAAGAAAAUCCCCACAAGAGGCCAGGGGUGUCCUUUGGUGUCUCAGGGUUCAGAACAUGACUGACCUGGAGAGGCCGCUAGUCUGGGCCCCACCAGCCUUCUCUGUUCACACUCUGUGUGUGCACACAUCACUACCACUAAUUAACACUGCUCCCAAAACACGUACUACUCGCUUGGCAUAAUGUUAAACCUUCUUUAAAAAAAUUACAAAUUGUUGCCGAUGGGGCAAAGAUAUUGCCUUGAUGCUUACGUUAUGGUCACGCCUGCUGGGAUCUCCAGGAGAAGCAGCUGUGGUGUGGUGGAAAGAGCACAGAUUUUGAAAUCCAGAGGAGCAGGUUUGUGUUCAGGCUCUGCCACUUAAUAACGACGUGUUCUAAACAAGCCACGAGUCCUCUCUGGGCCUGUUUACUCCUCUGUAAAAUGAAAGGAUGGACAAGACAUCUCGAAAGCCCCUUCCAGCUGCAACAUUCUGCCUGGAAUGCACUCCCUCCUCCCCUCUGCCUCUUAGAAUGCCCAGCUUCUUUCAAGACUCACUUGGGAAGUUGUGCCUGGCUCCCUCUCUUCUCAAAUUGUUAUGUAUGUUCUUGUCUAAUGACAGUAUUAACAACAAUAAUAGUAGCUAGCAUUUAUUUGCACUUUAAAGUUUGCAGAGUGCUUUAUGUAUUUUAUCUCAUUUGAACCUCCCAGGGUUGCUGGGAGGUAGGGGCUAUUAUCAUCCGCGUUAUACAGCUGAGGAAACUGGGGCAGGUUACAUGACCUGCCCAGGGUCACACAGCCAGCUAGUGUCUAAGGCAGGGUUUGAACUCAUGUCUUCCUGACUGUAAAUCUAGCACUAUCCGCUGUGCUAAAUAGUGGGCUAUUUAUUUCUUUUUUACAUGUUGUAUCCCUUCGGGAGAAUAUAAGCUACUUGAGGGAAAGGACUGUUUUUUAUUUUGUUUGGGUAUUCCCAGAUAUGGGCAGCUAGGUGAUGCAGUAGAUAGAUCUCCGGGCCUGGAGUCAGCAAGACUCAUCUUCCUGAGUUCAAAACCGGCCUCAGACACUAGGUGUGUGACCACGGGCAAGUCACUGAAUCCCAUUUGCCUCAGUUUCCUCAUCUGUCAAAUGAGCUGGAGAAGGAAAUGGCAAACCACUCCAGUAUCUUUGCCAAGAAAAUUCCAAAUGGGGUCACAGAGAGUUGGGCAGGACUGAAGUGACCGACUGAACAACAAAAUCCUCAGCUGUUAAGCUAUCAAGAGGCAACAUAAUGUAAUGGAGAGGUCUUGGGCCAAAUCCCACCUCUGACACUCCUCGUGAGAUCCUGGCAAGUCUCUUAGCCUCGGUUUCCUCAACUGUAAAAGGAGGGGAUGGGAUUAAAUGGUACUUUGCAUUCA